UUUAGUUUGUCCAGCCGCUGGAGAGUCUGCGAGAACAGUCCCGUCUGAAUGAAGAUUACAGACACAGAGACCGAGCAGGAGGAAGCAAACACAUCCUGACUGACAGAAAGCGAUCCGCAAAGACCAAACAAUCCUACGCCUCGUGUUUAGAGGUUUCUCCGGACAACCAAACCUUGGCCAACAGGAGUUGCUGCUUUGAACUACAGAAGGUGUGAAGAAGAACAGGCCUGGAGAUAAGCAAACAGUGGUUACUAGGAGAAGAUCCUGUCGUCAUCUACCAGAACAUCGUCUACUACAACGACUUCUACCAGAGCGAGAAAAGCUAAUAUCCACCAGGACUACGUUUAUUCCUUUUUAAUUCUACUGAACCCUCUCAUCUCAGCUGCCAAGACAAGUAGAGCAAGUCAUCUCCUUUAAGAGUCGCUCAGCACUAACAAGACAGACGUAGGGAGGGAGUAAAAAGAAGAAGAGGAGAGGGAGGGUGGGUAGAGAGCCGGAGAGAAUUGGCGCUCAAGUGUGAGCGAGAGAGAGCAUGCCGAACACAGCGUGCGAGCGUCUCCUCUAACCGUUGGCACUUUGAUACAUUUCAAAGCCUCGCACCUCGCACUGAAGCAACUGACAGAACGUGGUUAGUAUCUGAGACCUGUACCCGAGCAGACGGCUGAACGAAUGGGCUUUUAUUUGAGGAGCAACAGUUCAGAAGGACUCGUCUGAGGCGGCUGUAAUUGAGGAUGAAUUUCUGAAAGACCUGCUAGGUAAAAGAGAUCCCGAUAGUGACUUAUAGCAGUCCAGAAAGCCAAAAAGGAGGUGGCAAUUUACAAUGGAUGAAUGUCCUUGGAUUUCUUGGCAGUGCUGAUCUGUUUUGAGUUUGUUGGCGCUCUUGGGUCUCUGAGAUUCUGCUUUAAGACAACUAGUUUGUAAGGAGUUCUGCUACAGGUCAGUUCCAAGCUGGACCACUUAAACUAUCUGCAGGAGGUCUGGAGAGCAUGGGAAAAUCAAACAGCAAGCUCAAACCUGAGGUGGUGGAGGAACUAACCAGGAAGACCUACUUUACAGAGAAAGAAGUUCAGCAAUGGUACAAGGGCUUCAUUAAAGAUUGCCCGAGCGGUCAGCUUGAUGCUGCAGGUUUCCAGAAGAUCUACAAACAGUUCUUCCCCUUCGGCGACCCCACCAAGUUCGCCUCAUUUGUCUUCAAUGUUUUUGAUGAGAACAAGGAUGGACGGAUUGAGUUCUCAGAGUUCAUUCAGGCCCUGUCUGUGACCUCACGUGGGACUUUGGAUGAAAAGCUCCGCUGGGCCUUCAAGCUUUAUGAUCUUGAUAACGACGGCUAUAUCACACGUGAUGAAAUGCUCAAUAUCGUAGACGCAAUCUAUCAGAUGGUGGGAAAUACAGUGGACCUUCCAGAAGAAGAAAACACGCCGGAAAAGAGAGUCGAUCGCAUUUUUGCCAUGAUGGAUAAAAAUGCUGAUGGGAAGCUGACCCUGCAGGAGUUCCAGGAGGGAUCAAAGGCAGAUCCUUCUAUUGUCCAAGCUUUGUCACUCUAUGAUGGCCUUGUAUAGUAGCGGCUUGUCUUAAGGAUACAGGUACGGCAAAGGAUCCAGUGCCACGCCAUCCCACAAUGCUCAUAAGGAGAUGAGUCUUCGUCGUUUGACCUCUCGUUCAGGACACUUAAGACUGUCUCGCCACAAGCAAAUCACAUUUCAGCGUAUAACAAUGGCAGAAAAGAAGAACCUGUCAUCCUAAAACUGUGUGUGUGUGUGUGUGUGUGUGUGUGAAUGCAAUUCAGAACACAUCGAAUUUUCAGCAGCGGCUACUUUCUGACAAACAAAUGCACUGGAGACUAUAUGGAUGGCACUGACAGUUAAAGAAAAGCAUGCUGAAAAACCUAAAUUAUAAAUGUAAAUAUGUGUAAACAUUUCAUAUUUUUUAAUCACACUUCGCCGGGAUAUUGUGGACGUGCGCUUCAUAUAUAAUUUAAGAGACUGUUGAUAUUUUAUUUAUUUCUUGUUUACCUUGAAGUGUAUGGAUCGCAGCUGUUACAAGCCUUAAUGUUAAAAGCCUCUUGGAAUGAAAGACUUUAAUCCUGUUUUUGCUCGUGAAAGGAGAUUAUUAUAUUCGCGGCGCACAGCUUCGGUUGUGAAGAGUGCGCUGCCCAUUCAUCGCUGGCAAAAGUCAAAGUGAAGUCCUAAAGUGACUUCCUAAACAAUGCACUGUAACCAAGCAACACGCCACACUUAUUAUCCCUGAACAGUUGCACCUAAAAAACGGAUGUAAAUACCUCUGUAAUGAAGAAAGUCCGCCGUCUGCUUAUUUAAACUACACCUCUGCAUUUGUCUUUUCCCGUGUCAUUUUCCUGUCAAACAAAAGCCAUAGACUUGAACUAUGGCAUUCUCUUCUCAAAGCAAGUAAUUGGGUAUGAGCCGGGUGGUCUCAUGGUUUAUCAGUCGCUCUCUGGCUGAUGAUUAAAUUCGAGUCACUGCAUAA